AUGGAGCGAGUAGUAAUCGUCGGCGCAGGGCUGUAUGGCCUCAUCGCGGCAAAGACUUACCUUCAGAUCAACGGCGUAUACGACCAUGUUGGAGGGUUGAAGGAUGCAACCGAGCCUAAUACGGAUAUCCCAAGAUGUUUCACUGAUACGGCACAUAUCGGCGAACGUAGCAAGGGAUGCUCUCUAUUGGUGAUCGAUUCUGCAUCAGAUAUCGGAGGAACCUGGGCUGAAGAGCGACUCUAUCCCAAUCUCCUCAGUCAGAAUUCAUACGGAUUAUAUGAAUUCAGUGAUCUCUCGCUCGCGGACGUCGUUCCACCGGAUGAAGAUGGACCUGGGCAGCAGUUUAUUGCAGGAUGGAAGAUAAAUCGAUAUCUCCAUGCAUGGUCCGAGAAGUGGAAAUUAAAAGAACACAUUAGGUUGAACUGGAGGGUCGAUGGCGUCCGACGCUUGGAAGGCAGAGAAUGGCAGCUCGACAUCUGUAUCGCAUCGGAUAACAACCGUAAUAUCAGAAUCAUCUGCGACAAACUGAUACUCGCCACGGGGCUCACUUCAGUGCCCAGCUUUCCACAAGUUGAAUCAUCUCCAGAGAGCAAGAAGACAAACUCAGUCAUCCACGCCAAGGAUAUUGGACACUGGGCACGUCGGAAUUUGGGAUAUCGUCCAUUGCCAGAUCCUAGAAAUGGAGAGAAAAACACGUCCCGACAUGAGCUGAGAAAUCGACAACUUCGCUCGGUCGUGAUCCAUGGCGGUGCAAAAUCCUCAUUCGACCUGGUACACUUUUUCGCCACGCUACAUCAACAUGACCCAAUGGCGCAUCUCGAUGUAACACCUCAGGAUCCAGUGCAGAUAAAUUGGAUCAUUCGCGAGAAGGGCACGGGGCCUUCGUGGAUGGCACCGCCGAUGUCCGCUCUACCUACAGGGAAAGUCGUCCCCAGCGACAAGGCAGCAAGCAGUCGACUCCUGCAUUAUUUCGACCCAUUUUGUUCAGAGAUCCCAAAGCGCAUCGUCCUUCAGACGCCGAAAGGGGGAUAUAUCUGGAACGUGCACCUAGAAGGAUCGUGGUUGGUACGAAUCCUUCACGGCAACCCAUUAGGUCGUUGGUUCAUACGGUGGUUCUGGGGCUCCGUGGAUCGCGAGUUGGAAGAGACUGCGCAGUAUAGUAAGGAUUCGAAGUCGAAAAUGCUUCGACCGAGUCACAGUGUCGUAUCAUGCAACUCAACCAUCGGGAUCGCCAACCAGGCCAAUCUAUGGGAAACGAUUCGACAGCCUCAUGUGAAAAUAUAUCGGUCUACUGUACAGAGUAUUUUUGCCUCGGGAAAUGCAAAUGGAAAUGGAAACGAACGGGGCGAUGGAGUGAGUCUCACAUUGGCGGACGGUGUCCGCCUUGAACAUGUCGAUCUGGUCGUCCAUGCCACAGGGUACAAGCCUAUUGUACCUAUCACAUUUGAGCCACGCUCAUUGAGACUCCAACUUGGGAUAUCGGAUAUUUUAGAUUGCCCGCCUGAAAUGGAAAUAUACCAUGAGAAGGAAGAGGUUGACCAUCAGACGGUGGGUCGGGCUGACUCGGGGUUCGCAAAGCGCAUGCACCACUGGCAGCAACUAGACAAAAUAUCAAAGAAAAAAAUCACGAAGAUCCUGACUCGCAAUGGAAGUCCCCUGGAGACCUGCAAUCGCCCACCGGAGAUCGAGGAAAUUCAAGUCGUUCCAUUUCGCCUCUUCCGCCGGAUGGUGGCACCGGAAUUGGUGGCCGAGGGCGAUCGAUCCUUUGCAGUUCUUGGGGUCAUUCUCACAUCGACAAUCGCAGUGGUUGCAGAGGUUCAGGCACUCUGGGUUGCGGCUUUUCUGACUGGUGGACUUGAUGAUUCCAGAUCUCGUUCACUUGAGUAUCUUCAUCCGAACCUUUUUUCAAGAGAUCGAAUGGAGGAAUCCAUUGCGGACGAUGUGGCACUUGGAGCGGUUACUGGCAGUGGCCUGCAAGUUGAUGCGAUCCACUAUAAUGAUGUCCUAAUGAAAGACCUCGGACUAAAUGCCCAUCGACUGGGUGGAGGGAGGUGGAGAGAACUCACUGGGGUGUAUCAGCCGUCAGGAUAUGCGGGGAUUGUGGAUGAGUGGAGGGAUAAACAAACUAGAUAG